CCAGCAGACUGCUGCCUGCUUGCCCUCGCCUGUGCAGGUGAAAGGGAAGCUGCUCAUGAGGGGAGGCUGCAGAGCUGCUGAAACAGAGCUUUGUCCUGUCCUGGCAGCGUCAGCAGCCUGGGAAUGUGUGCAAGAGAUAUCACAUGGGCUGGGUACAGAGAUAAGGUUUGGGCUGGGAAGACUGAAACUGAACUGUGUGACAAUGAGGUGAAGGUUUGCACUGCACAGGCACCACGCCGGCCUCCGGGCAGGAGACUCCACCUGCCACCCGAGCAGGGACAGGUGGCCCAGGUGGUGUCUUUAUUGCCAUGUCUUUAUUGAAACAGCCCGUUUCAGGGUGCUGAUGUGCGCAGGUGUYGCAAGGAAGUUCGUAGGAAAAGGUGUGGUGGGUGUGCACGGGGGCUUGUGCAAACAGCAGGAGCUGUGGUUUAAAAGGUGCSAGGGCAGAAUGUGGCCCUGGCUGGUGCUGGCAUGUGUCACAGCAUUGCCACUGCACAGAAAGGUGACAUGUGGCUGCCGCAGCAGUGGGUGCCUCUCUCUUCUGGUCCCCAGGCUCUGUACCGAGGGGACCUGCCAUGCCCUGGCAGAGCUGAGGAUGCCUGGAAGUUCCCUCAAAAGGCAAUAAAGGAGUGAAAAUCCAAUUGCACAUCAAUGCGUGCUUGGCAAAGGUGCUCCUGGAAAUACACUGAGGUGUUCCUGGAAAUACACUGAUCCCUGCCAGYCUCCUGCGUGUCUCCCGUGCUGUCACUGCACCAUUCCGUUCUCUCCGGAGUCUCCCACUGUGCUUCACAGCCCUUCCUCUCCACGGGAGAGCAGCUCCAACCCUCCCCGUUGUCUCGUCUCCCCGGCAUGUGAGGCAGCCAGUGGGACGAGGGGACAGCCACUGGGUGUCACUUUAAGAGUGCAUCUGGCCGGGAGCCCUGACCCGCCUCCGGGCACGGCGUCAGCGGCUCUUCUCCGCUGCACAGAUGAGUUUCUAUUUCCCCGUCGCCUCGCCCCGAUCCGCGGCACGGGCACAAUGGCAUUACCCAUGUCUCAGAAGCUGGAGGAGAAGCUGGUGUGCUCCAUCUGCCUGGAGCUGUUCAGGGUGCCCGUGACCUUGCCCUGCGGCCACAACUUCUGCAAGCGCUGCAUCGGCGACCACUGGGACAAACAAAAGCAGGCGCCCGCCGGGACCGACGCGAGCUACACCUGCCCCGAGUGCCGCCGGGGCUUCGAGCAGUGCCCGGAGCUGGAGAAAAAUGUCACUCUGUGCAGCGUGGUGGAGCUGGCACGGGACAGCGAGGCGCGGGGCUCGGCCGCGGGCCGGUGCGAGGUGGCCCCUGGCGAGCUGUGCCCGCAGCACGGGCGCCCGCUGGAGCUGUACUGCCAGGACGAGCGGCGCUGCAUCUGCUGUGUCUGCACCGUCCGGCACUGCCAGCAGCACCGGAGGGUGCUCUUCGAGGAGGAGAGAGCAAAAAAACAGAACUUUUUGAAAGAAUCCCUGGAAAAAGCCCAGGAGGAAUCAGAGAGGAUUGAGCUGGAAAUGAARGAGCUGGAGGAGCAAACACAGAGCAUCAAGGACUCCUCUGAGGAGCUCAAAGCUGGGAUUCAGAGCAAAGUCACCCAUCUGAGGAAAGCUCUGGAGGAUUUCCAGUUUCGCACUGUGGCCAUGAUUGAACAAGAGCAGGUGGCAGCACUGGAGCGUGUGGGGGAGAACUGGAGCCUCCUGAAGGACCACCUGGAUGCCCUUGGCCAACACAGGGAGAGAGCUCAGAGCCUGCUGGCCUGCCCUGACCACAGGACCUUCCUCCAGGAGUUCCCGCUGCUCCCACCUCUGGAGAGCCCUGGGGUGCUGAUGCCUGUGCAGUUUGAUGUGGCUGCUGUGAUCAAGCCCAUGUCUGACAUCCUCACCGACAUCUCCCGGCUGCUGCUGGAGGAUCUGCCUGGCUCUGUGGCCGCCAAAGCCCCUGACCCCACUGGCCAAGGCCCGGUGCAGCCCCAGGAACCAGUGGUGAAGGCUGUGGCCCCUCUGCCCAAGUGCCAGCUCCGAGCUGAGCUUCUGAAAGACCACCGCAACCUGACCUUCAACGCUGACACAGCCAACAAGUACCUGAAGCUGUCCAGAGGWGCCCAAAAAGUCAAGCACGGCACCRGUGCCGUGCACGGGCAGGAGCGGGGCCCUCGCUUCGAGCCCUGGCAGGUGCUGUGCACGCAGAGCUACGGCCCCCCCGGCCACCACUACUGGGAGGUGAAGAUCUCCAGCCACUCCGUGGUCCUGGGGGUCACCUACCGAGGGCUCCCGCGGGGGCAGCAGCAGGGCCACGGCUUCAACAUCGGCCUGGACGGGGGCUCGUGGGGGCUGCAGGUGCGCGAGGAUUGUUACCUGGCCUGGCACGAGGGCCGCGCCGAGAAAAUCCGGGAGCAGCUCUACACCAGCCUGGGGGUCAGCCUGGAUUAUGGCAAGGGGCUCCUCUCCUUCUACGGCCUUGGGGAGAGGACACAGCUCAUCCACUCCUUCCAUGGGAUCUUCACUGAGCCCCUGUACCCCGUGUUCUGGCUGUGUGAGGGGCGAGUGGUGACGCUGUGCCAGAGGGACUGAGCCACAGUGCCAGGCUGGCAAGUGCCAGGCUGGUGCCACCAGAGCUGCAGCUGGGGGCUGGUACAGUUUGAGUGAAACCUCGAUGCUGAGGCAGGCGUGGGGUGCAGUGUUUUAACAGGAGCUGAUGAGGGCAGACAUGCAAAUUAACCCGUUUGAUUUGCAUAUGCAAAUAUAACACUAGGGACACACGGCAAGGCUGGAGCUCACAGUGCGGGCACAUGUGGGUGCUUAUCCGGCAGGCAGAGUGAGGGAAGGGGGAGAAGAAGGGUAAAAAAAAUCAGGUUUUUGUCUUUCUCCUAUCCCUGCCAAACCUCCCMAGCCUGGAGAAGGUUUGGGAUGAGAGGGACCCCGGAGGGAGGUGCUGCUGCCACAGGGUGCUCUGGAGCAACUUUUAGGGAGCCCUGUACUCCCACAGCCUCACCUGCAGGCUGGUCCUGCUCCCCCUGCCCCUCCCAGUCCCCUCUUGCCUCUCUCAGACAUGGCAGAACAACUUCUCAGGGUUCUGUGCUGCAGUUUUUUGUACAAUGCUGCUUUUCCCAAUAAAGCUCUAUUUUCCUACUGCUUUGACCUUGCUGCUGGUGGGAGAUGUGGGACCAAGCAGCUCUGGGGGAGGGCAGAGCUGGGUACUCCUUCUCUCACACCCAUCCUGCCGGGUCCCAUCCUGUCCCUCCGUGUCCCCAUGGGGCUGGUGACCAGCUCUCAGAGUGACCGGCUGGCAGCAGAGCCACACGGUGCUUUAUCUACCAGRGCACUGUGAUAAGGAAACCUGGCUUCCGGUACUGCUCUGCUCCAAGGUUGAUCUGGCACAGAAGAAAAUCUAAAGUUUUCAUUGAUGUUUUUCCAAGGUUGAGAGMAUAGGUCUGACGUCUCCUCCUGCUCCCGUGGGAACGCUGGUGAGGAUUAAUGGGGUGAAACUGGGCACUGGGUUCAGAGGUGCUGGGGAUAUGAAUGCCUGGGGAAUGAAUCACAUUAUUUUUUCCUUCGGGGACAAAAAGUUUGAAAGGAUCAAUCCCUUCCUUCAAGAACAGAUGUGAUUUGUCUUGUUGUGCUUCCUCCUUCACUCCACACCUCCCCGCUCCUCCCCGCCCUGUCCU